AUGGAUUUACAAGACAUGGCCGCGCAGGGAGGCUUCCCAAGUUUUUUGGAUAUGAGAGUAGUCAACCUGUUUGUGUCUGCAUUUCAAGCAGAGCUUGACCAUUUGAACAAUGUGGACAUGACAAUGGAAUCAUGGCUACGAAACCUCUCGGGAGUUUGGAUAAUGGAGAAAAACCGUCGCGACAGCUUAUUCCGGACAGAUUAUGCGGAGGUUAACUGGACGCUUGAGAUUAUGACCCGUUUAAGGCCUGUUAGCGCGGCCCAGGAAAGCUCAACAGGGAUUGAUUACGACAUUUGUGUGAGCGUUCGACAGUUUAAAGAUAUUUAUACGCUACUGGUUGCAGUCGUGACAGAUGAUUUCGGAAAAGAUCCCCAUCUUGUCAAAGACCUCUAG